AUGAGUGAUAAAGUCUAAUAGAUGUCAGAGGAUCCCUCCACUAAAGAGCUUAAUAACUUUGUGCAAACUCUUCUUAAACAAAUGUAAGAUAGAUUUGAUGAAAUGCAAAAUACUAUUGUGAACAGAAUAGAUGAUAUGGGUAACUUAUCCAAAUCUCAUCAUUUUAUUAGGAAAGCGAAUUGAUGACAUAGAAAAAAGUGUGACAGAACUUAUGAAUGAUCUAGGAUUCUCAGAUGAUGAAAAUGAAAAAGGCAAAUAAUUUUGA